CCCUCUACGUUUGCUGGUUACAUUAUUUCUUUGUCUAAAUUACUAAAACUCUAAUAAUAAUAGCUUCGCGGCACAAAAUCGAGAGAAACUUGCAGAUAUUGUGAGAAAAGAUUUCUCUAUGAGUGUUGUGAUUGUUAAAACUUGAAAACAAUGUCGAAGCGACGUAGAUCAACCACUUCCGAUGUGAGAGAUGAGGACGAUCUCCACACCUCUCCAACUUCUGUUGCCAUCAAAAGGAGAAAAAAGUCUAUCAACAUUAAUGAUCCUGGUGAGGUAAUUCAGGAGUUGUAUGACAUCAUCAGGAACUACAAGAAUGAAGAGGGCAAAAUAAUAUGUGAAGCUCUUAUCAGAAUUCCAAAGAGGAGGACUACUCCAGAAUAUUAUGAGGUGGUCCAACCCAUUGACAUGCUGAAGAUUCAGCAGCGCAUGAAGACAGAAGAAUAUGACACAGUAGAUGACAUGGUAGUUGAUGUAGAGCUGAUGAUCAAUAAUGCACAGGCCUACUACGAGAAAAACUCCAAGGAACACAAGGAUGCCAUAGAGCUAUGGACUGUGUUUCUCCAAUCUCGUAGAGAACUGUUAGAAGGUUCUGAACCUAAAGAAGUUCCUACAACAAGCAAUGAUGAAAAUCAGCUUCAUCGUCUGAGUGUAUGUGUUAAGCCUCAUGGCUCCUACAGACCGAUGGAGCCCAAGAAAUCGCCCAUAGUCCUCUUAAAGAAACAGGACUAUCCCCAUAUACCAGCCUUUCAGCUGGCUGGGGUGGGUAGUAUCUAUGUUCCGCAGGAGGAGGAGGCAGGAGGAGCCAGUGAGAUAGGUGAUGAUGCUGCUAUGGAGGAGGAGGAGAAUGGGGCUCCUACAGGACCGCUAGAGGAAAGUGGAUACAUAGUAGAUGAUCCUAAUGAUCCGGGUGAGAUCCUCUUCACUGCCGUGAUGGGACACAGAGACGUGACUGGGCGCAUCGUCAGUCUCAUGUUUCGCAAGUUACCAAGGCAGCAGGAGUUCCCUGCCUAUUAUGAGAUCAUUGACAACCCUAUCGAUCUCUGUGAUAUUGCUAUCAAGAUCAAGAACAAGAAAUAUGACCGUCUGUCUGAUUUGGACAAGGAUCUGUGUCUGAUGGUUAAGAAUGCCAAACAGUUCAAUGAACCAGGCUCUCAGAUCUAUAAAGAUGCUGUUACACUGAAGAAGGUCAUGACUGCUAAGAAAGCAGAGUUGGAGAGACAGGGCAAGGAAGUCCGUGGGGUUGCUCCAAGACAGAGGCGUCCAUCAGCUAAUGGCCAGUCUGCCAUCACCGAAGCCCUUAACCUUGCUGGUUACUCAGGAGAAGACAGUAAACAUCCAAGCUUUGGCCUUCCCCCUCCCCUACCUCCCCCAAUCCAUCCCCUCUCGGUCACUUCAUCCACCUCAACUGCCCGAGGUCCAGACGUACCAUCAUCUACCGAUGGUGAUGACAAUGACGAGGAUGAUGAGAGUUUCUCUGCUGACACUGCUGAUAGUCCUGACCCUCUUCACAUACUCUUUAACUUUGUGCUGAAUUUCCGGAACAAUCUAGGACAGUUGCUAUCUGAGCCCUUCAUGAGAUUGCCUAACAGCAGAAUCUAUCCCGACUACUAUAGAGAGAUCAAGAAACCCAUUGCACUCACAAAAAUCAGAUCAAAACUCAAGAACAACAAAUACAAGAGCCUUGAAGAACUUGGGACUGACUUGGAGCUGAUGUUUCAGAAUGCCUACCAUUACAACAUGCCCACCUCCCAGCUGCACAAGGAUGCUGAGAAGCUACAUAAAGCCAUGCAGCACAAGAGAAGAGAAGUGGAAAAGCUAGAGGGUAUUAAAUCACCACCUCCACCUACACCUCCACCACCUCCUCCCCCACCUCAUCCUCCACAAGAAGAAGAUGUACCUUCAGUAUCACCUAUCUUGAAGAAGGAGCAUGAGAGUGAGGAUGAAGGGAGCGAAAAAGGAGGAAGAAGACGAAGGAGUGGAGUACCACUCUGGAAGAUGAGACGAUCAGAUGCUGAAGCCACUCAGAAAUCAAAGCUCAUGGCCCUCUAUCUUUCUCUGGUGCAUUACAAGGAGGAGUCAGGACGUAGCCCCAUCACUCUCUUCAUGGAGAAGCCAUCAAAGAAGGAGUAUCCAGACUACUAUCACAUCAUUACAGAACCAAUCGAUAUGAAGACUAUUGAAACAAACAUUAAGAAUGAAAAGUACCAAACAGAGGAAGGCGUGAUGAAGGACUUUUCCUUGAUGUUUGACAACGCUCGUCACUACAACGAGGAAGGCUCCAUGGUGUACGAGGAUGCCAAUCUACUGGAGGCUCUCCUGAAAGACAAAUUCGAUGGUGGUCGUGGUACGCCGAAAUCAAUCGGUCAGAAGAGAACCCCAGUGAAACGAUCUCCAGCUAAGACAUUGAGUCCUCUUGCUCAGAAGCUGAAUGAGCUUUAUAAUGCUAUCAAGAACUACACUGAUCAACAUGGACGGGAACUAUCACCCCCAUUCAUUAGACUACCAUCAAAAAAUGAGUAUCCUGAAUAUUACCAGGUUAUCAAGCGUCCUAUGGACAUGCAGCGUAUUCAACAGAAGAUUAUAUCUCGAGGCUAUGAUCAACUGGAAGACAUGGUCAAUGAUUUCCUACUCAUGUUUGAUAAUGCAUGCAAGUUCAAUGAACCAGACUCACUCAUUUACAAGGAUGCCCUGACUCUUCAGCGCAUCCUCCUCCAAACCAAGACGGAGCUGAUGGGAGAUGAGACCUCUGGAGUACCUGACAUCCAGGGAUUGGUGCGAGAAAUCAUCACCAGUCUCUUUGUAUCUGUAGCCAAUCACCAGGAUGAGGAGGGGCGUUGCUAUAGUGACUCGCUGGCUGAGAUACCGGUGGAUAAGGAUGCCAUGAUGGAUGAUCCAAACUUACAAAAAAAACCUCUUGAUCUGGAUACUAUUCGUCGCUACCUUGACCGUGGUUGCUACCGGCGACUGGAUUGCUUCCAAGAUCACAUCUUCUUUGUUCUAGAAAGGGCUAGACAACUCAGCAGAACUGACUCACAGGUCUAUGAAGACUCUAUUGAAAUGCAACGUUUCUUCAUCCAAAUUCGAGAUGAGAUCUGUAAGAAUGGUGAGAUACUUCUUUCUCCUGCCCUCAGCUACACACAUCGUCAUCUACAGAAUGCAUUAGAUGUACAGAAGAGAGAAAAGAUUCCUAAAGAGAUGAAAGAGGAUAGUGAGAAGAAAGAAGAAGAUGAAUCUAAGAAGGAUAUGAGUAUGGAAGAACAUCCUGAAGUUAAACCAGAGGGACAUAAAGAAGAUAAUGAGAAUGAUGAUGGACUUAUCGUAAAUGGAGUCACUUAUAGAGUCGGGGACUUUGUCUAUGUCGAACCCAGUGAGAAGCAGCUGAAGAAUCACAUAGUAUGUAUUGAGAAGCUAUGGAGAGAUGCUGAUGGAGAGACAUUGCUACAUGGUAACUGGUUCCUAAGACCAAAUGAGACAUUUCAUCUUGCAACAAGGAAGUUCUUAGAAAUGGAAGUUUUCAAGAGUGACUACUACAACAAAGUGAAGAUUUCACAACAUGUGUUGGGCAAAUGCUUUGUGAUGUUUGUCAAAGAUUACUUCAAGCAUAAACCAGAGGGCUUUGAAGAAGAAGAUGUGUUUGUUUGUGAGUCCCGCUACUCAGCCAAGGCAAAGGCAUUCAAGAAAAUCAAGAUCUGGGCAGUGCCUCCAAGCUCCACUAAGAUCACCAACAGGGAGGAGCCUUUAUCCAAAGUGAGGGUGGAAUCAGUGUUUGCUGGCUCACCACCAAACAAAUCCCACGAUGCUUUCAGCGCAUCGGAGAAUCUACCAGCAUUUGACAAGGAGAGAGAGGAUGUUCUGCAAGAAGGUGCUGGUGAUGGAGGUUUGGUUUAUUAUGAGCAGGUGUGUUGGAAUGGUGUGUUCUAUAAGCUAGGAGAUGCAGUCUACAUCAAGACUAUCAAGGGCAGACCUCAUAUCUGUAGGAUGGACAAGAUAUGGAAGAUUGGAACUGGUGAGACAUUCUUCUUUGGACCAGUGUUUAUCCACCCAUCCGAGACGGUGCAUCCACCUACCAAGAUGUUCUACCAGAAUGAAGUGUUCCUCAGCUGUGUGGAAGAGUCCUAUGGUAUGGUGCAUAUACUGGGAAAGUGCUCUCUCAUGCUCUUCAAGGAUUACAUCAGUAAUCGGCCAACCGAGUUCGCUGAGAAGCAUGUGUAUGUGUGCGAAUCCCAGUACAAAGAUAUGGAUCAGUCCACACGUAAGGUCAAAGGUCUCAAGCGACAUAAUGUCUCUAACAAGGUGAUUGACGAUGAGAUCUACUUCUUCAAGAAACCCAUCACUCCCGUCAAGGAGCCUUCUCCCCUCCUGCAGGAGCAGCUUGAAGAGGAGGAGGAAGAAGAUGAGGAAGAAGAGGAAGAUGGAGAAGAGAUAGAGAGUGAAGAGAAGGAGGAGGAAGAAGAGAUGGAGAUGGAGAUCAGUUUGGAGCUGGAGGAAGAGGAUUCUCAGAAAGCUGAAGAGGAAGCCAUGUUGCUUCGUAUAGCAGAGCAGUUUGGUGAUAUGGAUGAUUCAGCUUCAGUUGCUUCUAGUGUAUCCACUCCAAAGAGCAGCAGAAAGAAAGGAGAAGAUUCUAAGAUGGUGCGGAAUCCAAGUGCUUUCAUUUUGUUUGCCAGUGAGAAUCGUGCAGCUUGUAGAAAGAACAAUCCAGAUAUGACAUUUGGAGACAUUAGCAGGAGCAUUGGCCAAGAUUGGCGUAAUCUUUCCAAGAAGGAGAAGCUUCGCUUUGAGAACAUGGCUGCCCACAUUGCAGCAACCCGGCCUCCUAAGAUGAGAGAAGAGAAGAAGAGUAAAGAUAAGAACAACGAUGCAGCUAACAAGGAAGGAGGAAACGCAGAGCAGGUUGGGAUCCAGGUCUAUGAGUGUAACUGGGAUGGAUGUGACUUCAUGUUUGAGGAGAUGGAUGAUCUCGUUAACCAUGUCAUCGAGGGCAGCGGACAUCUUAGAGCAGCCAGCACUACAAUUGAAGUUGAAGUUGGUGAAGGACAGACCAAACGAGAAAAUCAGUUCCUGUGCUGUUGGAAGACUUGUACUCGUUUCAAGAAAAGUCAGCCAUUCCCCGUCUAUUCUCGUCUGGUGAGACAUUGUAAGGAGGUGCACAUGAAGCAUGCAGCUAGAUUUGUACUACCACACCAACUCUCAAGGAACUAUCAUUCCCAUGCUGCCAUUCAUGGUCCUAAUGCCCAGCGCCCAUCCACUCCAGGCUCUAGCGCUGUCAUGGGUGUGGUCGGACCACCUACUCCUGUUGGCAUGGCAACUCAACAAAUCAACCAAUCAUAUGGGGGCUAUGGUAUGCCAGUUGAUAUGUACAAUGGGGGUAUGCCUCCACCACCACCAGGUGGACCUCAUGGGUCUCCAUACCAGCACCAUCAAGUCAUGCCCCUUUACCAACCAGGCAUGCACCCCCAAGGCCAGCCUGGCAUGCAUCCCCCUCCUACCCCUCAUAUGGGCAUGCUACCCCCUCAUCAACAAACACCGGGCAUGAUGCAACCCCCGUAUGGUAUUCCAAGGGGCCAGGCUAUGAGCCCACACGCUGGGGCACACAGCCCAGCUCAUUAUCAAGGUGGUGUAGCCCCUGGGCAGCAGAGUAUGCCAGCUCAGUACCCUCCGAUGGCCCCUCCUCAACCCAUGUUUGUACCUGCCCCACCCAAGACACAGAGACUACUUCAUUCAGAGGCUUAUAUCAAGUAUAUUGAGGGACUAAACAAUAGGUCUGAUACAAUCAGUGAUUGGAAGCACAGCCUCGGUGCUACGAAGGAAACCGUUCCAAUGUCUGACAAUCAGAAGCAGCGACUCCCACGCCAUUGGUUUGCACAGGGAGUGUUAGGAGAAGAUGAGGAUAUCUCUAAUGCUCUUUGGAAGAUGAGAGACAUCAUGCAGAAUGACUUCCUACAGGUAUCCAGGGCAUUCCAAUUUGAAACUCCUGGUACUCAGAACGGCCCCCCUACACAGAAUGGCACUCCUACACAAAAUGGCCAUCCUCCACAGAAUGACAUUGUGAUUGUAUGAAUGCAAAGAAUGCUACUAUCCAGAUUUAGUUAAUCAUGAUGAAUAAGCUGCUGCCAAACUAUGCUUGUUGCCUUCUAUUUAUUGCUUCAAACUAAGAUAUUGUCUAUUGACAAUUUAAAAUAAAAAAGCUCUUUAUUUGUCAUAUAUAUCUGUAGAUGAUGUUUUGUCUAUAUUUGAUGAUAUUCUGCAACUCUGGAAUAGGGAAUGUUGUUAAUGAUAUUUAACAAUUUGUUGCUUUUAUAGUGCAACUUUGUUUGCUGAAAAUUUGUGUAGCUUUUGGAAUUUAGAUUAUGUGCAUGAAGCUAAAAGCAUGCAGAAUGGAAAAUAGGAAGAAAUGGGGAAAUUCUUACCCAUCAUCGGCUGUCUAGAAACUUGCUCGUUAUUAUGUGAAUUUGGGUCAAAUCUGUAUUCAAUGUACCAGUAUGUGAUAUGAAGUUGAUUGUGCAUAAGUAUGUAGAUGCGAUGCUAUCCUGGGCAUAUUCAGCUUAUGUACAAGUGGCAAACUAUUUGACCAAAGUCUUAUUAUAUUCAUCCCUGUUAUGUGAAAUUGUGUCAUGAGUCACUUCAUUUGCAAUUUCAAAUGUGAUUGGUAGAAAUUAAGGAGUUAAUAUAAUGUAGAUAUAUAGGUUGAUAAUGCAAAUUUGAAAAUGAAUCGCAAUUGCAUUUGAUCCUUUUCUGAUUAAGAGGAUUAGGAACCAAUCCUUGAAAUGAUAUGAGAGACGGAGAGAAAUACAGGAAAUUCAGGGUUCAAGAUUUUGUGGGUGAGCUGAAAAAGUUAUUAAAUUAGAAAAUAUAUUUUGAAGAAAGAAACAAUGAAAUUGAAUGGGACAAAAUCUCAUCACAUCUGCAUAAGUGAAUUAGGAUUGGUGUUAUAAAAAUGCUAAUAUAGCUGUGAUGAACUGUGAUCUAAAGCUGAUACAAAAAAUUAAGAGAAAUAUUAGUUCUGAUAUUUAGAUGGAUUUAGAAACCCAUCAAGGUAUGCCAGAGAUAUAUUUAACCCUUGAGCCAGAGAGAGAGGAAGAGAGAAAGAAGCUCAGAUAAUGAUCAGAGAACAUUCUAUUUUAAUUUGAAAGAAUCAAUAUUUAUGAAGGGUGCAAAACUGCCUUCUUCCUCCGAAGGGAGAUGAAAUCAGCGUCCUAGAUCUCGUACCAAAACGUCAGGCUAGAGGAAACCUACACAAGGAAUGUGAAAUCCACUUUCUGACAUGUGUUUGUGAAAUAUUAUUGAAACCACAUCCUGACCAGAAAUAGACACUGAGAUCAGAAUUUCCUGAAAUUAACCAGAAAUAGAAUUGCUCACCUGCUUUUGAGACAUUCCAGGAAAAUAUGUUGAUGUUGAUUUCUGCCAUCUUGUUGGAGAAGGACUUCCUCGAACAGGAUGAAAUGAUUUGGUUUAUUUGUUCUUGUACAUUGUGUAAGUUAUUUAACAUGACUUUGUUAUUUUCAAGUUGAUGAGGCUCGCAGAGUUCUAACUUUGUAUUAGGUUCAAGCCACUCUUUGUACUUUGCUGUCAAUAUUCUUGUCUUUCUCUUGUUGUAGUACAGGUCUCAAUACAGAUCUCAAUCAUUGUUUAUUUAGUUUUGUUAUUAUUUAGAUAAUUCCAUUUUCAUGUGUAUUUUGUAAAUUUUCCUUUUCACUAAGAGUCUCUCCCUGUCAUGAAUUAGUGUAAUUUGUUUAAUGAGAAAUGAAAAUUUCCAUUUUGCAUAUACUUUUUGUGAUGGUACAGUUAGUAAACACAUGUAGGUGGCAAUUAGAUAAUUCAUAUUCAGUACAUGAAAUAAGCUCACAUUUCAUAUUUGAUGAUUUUGUAUGAAAUUACAAAAUUCAAGAAGUCAGUAAUUCUUUGUUUUAUUUUUCACACAACACAUCCUCUUUAUUGCCUAUCUUUCUUGAACUUUGAAAUGGAAAUGAUUGGUAGAUGUCUAUCCGCUCCGUGCAUACUCAUGGAUACCUACGUAUAGAAUUGGAUUCAUGAAAAUUAUGAUUUGUUUAUGAGUUUCUACACAUUCAUCCAUGAUCCAUAGAUGUGUGUUGCAACCAAAGAAGCAUAACAUUCAUUAGAGCUUUGGAUAUUUGUAUUUACUGAUGUGUUUUAUUUGUGAACCCAGUUGUAAUAUAUGCUGUUUGUUGUACAGGGGUUAAUUGGUACUUUUUUGAAGAAAUGAAAUAAAUAUGAUAUUCAUCAUAAA